AUGGCAUUCCCCUUGGAAUCUGCACACGAUGAGGACCUGGGAGAAAACAGCAUCCAAAACUAUACACUCAGCGUUAACGAACAUUUUUGGCUUGAUGUGCAAAGGAACAAAGAUGGAAUUAACAAUGUGGAUCUUGUUCUGAAGAAAACACUAGAUAGGGAAAAGAUGCCAUACCUUAAUCUUACCCUAAUGGCUGUUGAUGGUGGGGUACCACAGAAAACAGGCACUGUUCAAAUUAACAUUGAUGUUCUAGACAUUAAUGAUAAUUCCCCUCAAUUUCCUCAAUCUGAAUAUAAGGUAAGAAUAAAGGAAAACCUCCCUAAGGGCACUGUAGUGGCUAAACUGGAAGCUACAGAUCUUGAUUUUGGUUCAAAUGCACAAAUCAUCUACUCAUUCCAUCGAGUGCCUGAAAGAAUAAACAAUUUGUUCCUUUUAAAUGAAAGGACUGGAGAAAUCACUGUUAUGGACCAGACUGAUUAUGAAAAAGAAAGGAGUUAUAGCAUAAAUGUCAGAGCAACAGAUGGAGGGGGACUUUCAGGGCACUGCAAGGUACUAAUAGAGGUUGAGGACGUGAAUGACAAUGUCCCAGAAGUGUCCAUCAUAUCUCUGACUAGUAUCUUAAAGGAGAAUUCCCCUUUGGAGAAGGUUGUGGCCCUCUUCAGUGUGAGAGAUGAAGACUCUGGAGAUAACAGCAAAACGUUCUUGCCUGAAGAAAAGAAAACCGGGUUUCCAGUAGCUAAUGUGCUGAAAGACUUGAAAAUAGAUGUAAAGGAAUUGUCUGCUAGGAAAGCCAAGCUAGUUCCUAAGGGCUCUAAAGAGUAUUUCCAGCUGGAUCCUCAUUCUGGGAACCUCAUAUUAAAGGAUACAAUAGACCGAGAGGCUCUGUGUGAAGCGGUGGAUGGUGGGAUCCCAAGGAGAACUGGUACAGCGCAAAUAAUAAUUGAUAUUUUAGAUGCAAAUGAUAAUGUCCCCCAUUUUGAACAAUCUGUGUACAAAGUACAGCUUGCAGAAAACAGCCCACCAGGUUCAUUGGUCACUAAAGUGGCAGCCAGUGACAGCGAUAUGGGUGCUUAUGCUCACAUCACUUACACUUUUAGCCAAGUACCAGGAAAUGUGCUCAGAUCAUUCAAAUUAAACAAUCAUACUGGAGAAAUUACUCUUGUAGGGAAAAUUGAUUAUGAAGAAAACAGUAAUUUUGAACUGAACAUCAAAGCCACAGAUGGAGGGGGGCUUUCUGCUUACUGUAAAGUCUUUGUUGACAUUGAGGAUGAAAACGAUAAUGCCCCAGAAGUAACCCUAUCAUCUGUCACUAACCCUUUACCAGAAGAUUAUCCCAUAGAAACAGUAGUGGCUGUCUUCAGCGUCACAGACCUGGACUCUGGGGACAAUGGCAGAACUACUUGCAACAUUGAUUCAAACCUACCCUUUAUGCUAAAACCCACAAAGAACAAUUAUUACCAGCUUGUGAUCCACUGGCCAUUGGACAGAGAGCAAGUGUCGGAAUAUAAUAUCACCAUCACAGCCGCUGACCAAGGCUCUCCCAGUCUCAGUUCAAUGAGAAUUAUUAACAUUCAAAUUUCAGAUGUCAAUGACAACACUCCGGUGUUUGAAAAAUCUUUCUAUAAUUUGCACUUACGAGAAAACAAUAUUCCAGGUCUACUCUUUGGAUUAAUUCAUGCAAUUGAUUUGGAUGCAGAGCAGAACGCCAAAGUGACCUAUUUGCUCUUGCCUGGAAAGAUCAGGGAUGGCCCUGCAUCAUCUUACAUCUCUAUCAACUCUGAAACUGGGAAUCUAUAUGCCAUCCGAUCUAUAGAUUAUGAGGAUAUACAAAAUUUCCAGGUGAUGGUGAGGGCUAUAGAUAAAGGUUCUCCAGCACUAAGCUCAGAAACGAUGGUCCAAGUUCAUAUCAUGGAUGAAAAUGACAACGCCCCCUUUAUCCUCUGCCCACUUCAGAACAGCACUUCUCCAUCAAAUGAUCUUGUUCCCAGGGGGGCAGAGACAGGCUACCUGGUCACCAAAAACGGGGAAGUGAAAACCAUGAGGCCAGUGAACAACCGAGAUAGUUUCAAACACACUCUUAUUGUGGCAGUUAGAGAUAAUGGUCAUCCUCCUCAAUCUGCCUCUGCCCCACUAAGAAUUCUUCUAGUGGAUGGCUUCUCAGAUCCUUACAUGAAAAUUAUGGAUAAUCCUAAGGGUGAAGUCCAGGAGGAAGAUGAUCAUACCCUGACAAUGUAUUUGAUUAUCUGCUUGGUCACGAUCUCAUCCAUUUUCCUCCUUUCUGUUAUGGUGUUUAUUGGAACCAAGCUUCAGAAACGACAGAAAUUCAUAGGCAGCUCUAAUUCUGCAUCUAAUUUCCCUGUGGGACAGAAUUUGCAAGAGAACUGUGGAGACCCUAGUUCUGACACACAUUGUCAGGCCUACAAUUAUGAGGUAUGCUUAGCUGGUGGGUCUCUGAAUAAAAAAGAAAUUUCCUACACAAUGGAAGAUCACUUCAUCAGGGGCAAACAAGGUCUGUAUCUUUUGCUUUUCCUCAGUCUUUUUGGAACACUGUGUAUUUCAGUUCGCUAUUCUGUCCCUGAAGAAAAGAAAAAUGGGUUUGUAGUGGCUAAUGUGUUGCAGGAUUUCAAACUGAAAAUAGGAGAACUCUCUACUCGUAGAGCCUGUUUAAUUUCUGGCAGCACUAAGGAAUAUUUCCACCUUGAUAUCCAAACUGGGAAUCUGUUGAUAAAUGAUAAAAUAGACAGAGAAGCUUUGUGUGGCCAAAAGGAACUUUGUUUACUUUUAUCUCAGGUUGUACUAGAAAAGCCAUUAGAACUUCAUAGUAUUGAAAUACAGAUAGAAGACGUUAAUGAUAAUGCCCCUAACUUCACAAAAAAUACAUUCACUGUACAAAUAUCUGAACAUGUCCCAGUGAAUACCCGAAUUCUGAUGGAGUCUGCUCAGGAUGCUGAUCUUGGAAAAAAUGGUAUCCAGAAUUACACACUCACUAAAAAUUCACAUUUCACAAUAGAAGUACAGAUUGAUGAACAUGAAAAGAAGAAUGUUGACCUUAUUUUGCAGAAACCACUAGACAGGGAGAAGAUGCCUUACCUUCAGCUGACACUGAUGGCCGUCGAUGGAGGAGUGCCACAAAAAACAGGCACUGUUCAAAUUAACAUUGAUGUUCUAGAUAUAAAUGAUAAUUCUCCUCAAUUUUCUCAAUCUGAAUAUAAGGUAAGAAUAAAGGAAAACCUUCCUAAGGGCACUCUGCUGAUUAAGGUGGAGGCCAGAGAUCCUGAUUUUGGUUCACAUGCACAGAUCCUCUACUCAUUCCAUCGAGUGCCUGAAAGAAUAAGCAAUUUGUUCUUUUUAAAUGAAAGGACUGGAGAAACCACUGUUUGUGGACAGAUUGAUUAUGAAAGGGAAAGGAGUUAUGGCAUAAACAUCAAAGCAACAGAUGGAGGGGGUCUUUCAGGUCACUGCAAGAUACUGAUAGAGAUUGAAGACGAGAAUGACAACCCCCCAGAAGUAUCCAUCAUAUCUCUGACCAGGAUCUUAAAAGAGGAUUCUCCCCCAGACACAAUGGUGGCCCUCUUCAGUGUUAGAGAUCAAGACUCUGGAGAAAACAGCAAAACAGUCUGCUCUGUGGAUACGAACCUCCCUUUUGUGCUGAAAGCCACCGCAAAUGAUCUUUAUCAGCUUGUCCUCCAAAGUCCCCUAGACAGAGAGACCCUUGCUGAGUACAACAUCACCAUCACAGCCAUUGACUGGGGCUCUCCUAGGCUCACUUCAACAAGAAUGAUUAAUGUUCAGAUCUCCGACGUCAAUGACAACCCUCCACUUUUUGAAAAGUCUUUAUAUGACAUGCAGAUCCAUGAGAAUAAUAUUCCAGGCUUGCUCAUUGGCUCAGUCCAUGCUGUGGAUCUGGACACAAAGCUGAAUGCUAAAGUGACUUACUUACUAUUGCCAGGGAAGGGUGAUGGUCUGGUGCCCUCUUACAUUUCAAUCAACUCUGAAACCGGAAACGUGUAUGCCCUCCGAUCCCUGGACUAUGAGCAGAUAAGAGAGUUCAGAGUUACCGUGAGGGCAACCGAUGGUGGUUCUCCUUCCUUGAGCUCAGAGGUGGUUGUCCGAAUCAUCAUCAUAGAUGAAAAUGACAACACUCCCUUCUUCCUGUAUCCCCUCCAGAACAGCACAUCCCUAUGUAAUGAGCUGGUUCCCAAGUCGGCAGAGGCCGGCUAUCUGGUCACCAAGGUGGUUGCAGUGGAUGGAGAUUCUGGUCAAAACUCUUGGCUUUCCUAUGAAUUGCUGAAGGCCACAGAUCCUGGACUUUUCAGCAUAGAAGUGCAGAAUGGAAAAGUGAAAACCAGAAGAGCCCUGAACGAGCGAGACGCAAACAAACAGAAGCUUGUUAUACUGGUCAGAGACAAUGGUUUUCCUCCUCAGACCAGCACUGCAGUGUUUAAUAUUCUUGUUGUGGAUGGCUUUUCUGAUCCCUUCCUGAGGAGAGUGGAUGUUAGUGUGCAAGAACCAGAAGAAGAUAAAACCUUGACCAAAUAUUUGGUGAUCUGCUUGAUUGCAGUCUCCUUUGUGUUCCUGGUCUGUAUUGUUGUGUUUAUUGUUGUCAAAAUCUGCAAGAAGGAUCCCAGAGGAAAUUUUACUGUUGUACCACCUCACUUCCCACCUCCCAAUACUAAUACCUUUGGAAACUGUGAUGAUUCAGAGAAUGGGUCACUUUCCAGGACUUACCAUUAUGAUGUUUGUUUGACUGGUGGAUCCUUAAGUAGUGAGUUCCGAUUUCUCAGACCCAUCAUUCCUGUGUUUUCGGUGGGAGAUAUAAACAUCCCAGAGAGUCACAGAACAUCUUCUGGUUCCCAAGAUAUUGUUCAGCAGAUUUCAGACAACCAAUUAAAAGAAAAG